CACAAUUUGCUAGACUUCUUGAAGAUGCAAAGCGGUCACUUUGCCCAGGAUCUAACCAUUCAAGAUUUUCCUUUCUUGUGAGGUUGCUCCAUAUCAAGUCGUAUUAUCGAAUCAGCAAUAGGGCUUUCACUGCAUUAUUGAAGCUGUUGUCCUCAGCAUUCCCUCAAUGCCAAUUACUGAAAUCAUAUGACGAGGCAAAGAAAUAUCUUCAUGAAUUGGGCCUUGGAUAUAACUCGAUCCAUGUGUGCAAGAAUAAUUGUGUGUUGUUUCGGAAGGAAUUUGCCAAUAUGGAUUUGUGCCCAAUAUGCGGUGAAUCUAGAUGGGAAGAUACAGAUGGCAGCAAGCAGGUUCCUCAUAAGGUUUUGAGGCAUUUUCCACUUAUACCAAAGUUGAAGAGGAUCUUUGCCUCAAAACGAACAGCUGAGGACACCUAGUGGCACAAGCUGAAGCGGAUGCCGGUGGACAAUGAAAUGAGCCAAGAGAGUGAGGGCAGGUGCACCAAUAGAGGAGAGACCUCCUGGAGUCUCAACAAGGUCAUCGAAAGGCAACUCACAUCAGAACAAGCUGAAGAUAAUGGGCAUGAAGAAUUGCCUCCAGUAGCAGAAAACAAUGGUGCUGAAGAUGUGGGCAAUGGACAAUUGCCUCGCGACAAUGAUGUGAACAGGCCCCCAAGCCCUCUGAGGGACUGGUCAUAUCCAUAUGAUGCGCAUCAAGAUGAUGAUGUUCGUGACCACACUGAAGAGCAAACCGGACAGCAGACCCAAGGCAGUGAUGAAGGCAGACGAAGUGGUCCAAGAAACCCGAGGCCACCAACAUGAAUGACAAGCCAACAAAGGAUGCAUGCGCCGAUGUAUUGCAGUCUGGGAUACGGUAGGCACGGUAUAAGUUGAAGCAGGCCUACUUCAAUGGUGUCCCUGCUAAUGAGAUCAGAACUACCUCUCCUAUCCAUAGCAUGACUGAUGAAUAGUAGAGAGAACUUGUUGCAAAGUGGUCAAAUCCAAAGAGCAUGGAAAUCUCUGAACAGAACAAGCAAAACCACCAUAAAGUCAAGUACCAUUAGGCUAUGGGAUCUCGCAGCUAUGUUGCGCACUUGCACGCAUAUAGCGAGAAGAACAAGGAUGCAGAGCUUCAUACGGUGGAUGUGUUCAAGGACUACCAUACCAGCAGGACAAGGGGUAUGAGUGACGUUGCAAAAGAUGCAAUUUCUACUAUGCAAACUAUGAUGGCAGAUCCUGUUGCUGAUGGUGAGGCACCAAGAUCUAGUGCAGAGGUCAUGUCCAAGGUUCUCUCCCUGGACAGCGCCAACAGCACAUUUUUGAAGAAUAGUGGGCUACAGACAAGCUCCACGAAAUCAGUGACAUCGACUGAAAGAGCACUUCGGGAAGAACUUGCAGCUGAAAACCAAAGUUCAGCUGUUCUCCAUGAAGAAGUCGACACACUAAAGAAAGCUCAACUUGCAGAUGAAGCACUGGCAAAGACCCAAAGGGAGUUCAUGGAAUUCUGGCAAUAGCAGGAAGAGAAUAAUCUGCUCCUUCGACGUAUCUUGAACUUGUCACAGGUUAACUCCAAUCUAUCCUAGUCUACUUUAUGAGCUAAUGCACGGUGAUGAACUCGAUGAACUUAUGUCGGUCCUACUUGUGUGGAAUACUUGGUUUGUGAACUCCUGUGAACUUGUCGUCCUGUGGUGGACUGAGUUGGUUCUGUGAACUUGUUGUCCUGUGGUGGACUGUGUUAGUUCUAUGAACUUGUGGUACUAUAAUGAUGUGCGGUUAGUGGGUUAUAUGAACUUGUGGUUCUGUGAACUUGUGGUUUCUGUGCGCUUCUAUAAUGAUCUGAAAAUUGUUUGUAAAGUUA